AGAAUUAGAGAUGCUGCGCGCAGCUCCCGUUUAAAGGCGAGGAGGGGGCGGAGGACGCAUCGCUCCCACCGCCCGCCCGGGCCGUUGCUUUUCGGAGGCUGUCGCUUCGGGUUGGGGAAAGGCAGGGAGGCAAGAUGGAAGAAAUCCUGAAGAAGCUGCAGAAGGAAGCCUCGGGGAGCAAAUACAAGGCGAUCAAGGAAAGCUGCACCUGCGCCACCGAAAUGUUAGAGUCCCCGGAAGCUUCUAUCAAGAGCCCACCAUAUCAGCUGAGGGAGAAGUGUCUCCUUCCACUCCAGCUGGCUUUGGAAAGCAAGAAUAUGAAGUUGGCCCAGCAUGCUUUAGCAGGAAUGCAGAAGCUACUGUCUGACGAGAGAUUUGUAACCAUGGAAACAGACUCUGAUGACAAGCAGUUGCUUAAUCAGAUACUGAAUGCAGUCAGAGUGACUCCUUCCCUCCAUGAAGACCUGCAGGUAGAAGUGAUGAAGGUCCUGCUUUGUAUAACAUUCACUCCAACAUUUGAGCUAAAUGGGAGUUCCAUACUUAAGAUUGCUGAGGUUUGCAUUGAAACCUAUGUGUCCAGUUAUCAUCAGCGGAGUAUUAAUACAGCUGUGCGAGCAACCCUUAGCCAGAUGUUGAGUGAUUUGACUGUACAGUUACGGCAAAGGCAAGAGAAUACGAUAAUUGAGAGCCAAGGAGUUCUUCAGGGGUUCAAGAGCCCAGAUUCAACAACAGAAUCCCUUUGUGAUGAUGUUGUCUCAGUUUUUGCCGUUCUUUGUGAAAAGCUUCAGACAGUCAUCAGUGAGAAUCAGCAAUUGCAGCUUCUCUACCUGGAAUGCAUCCUCUCAAUGCUGACUAGUUCCUCUCCCAGCAUGCGUCACCAUAAAGGAUUCACUGACCUCAUUUGGAAACAGUUGUGCCCAGCCCUGGUAGUUAUCUUGGGAAAUCCACUCCAUGACAAAACCAUCACCUCCGCUCACAGCAGCAGCGGCCAUGAGGCUGACUCUCCUUCCUUGGGGGUCUCUGAUCAUGGCCGCGGGUCUGGCUGCUCUUCGACUGCACCUGCCCUCAGUAGCCCUGUGGCCCGGACCAUCUAUUACAUCGCUGCAGAACUCGUGCGUUUAGUGGGGUCGGUGGAGUCCAUGAAGCCUGUCCUGCAGUCCCUUUACCAUCGGAUGCUUUUAUAUCCCCCACCCCAGCACAGAGUGGAAGCUAUCAAGAUCAUGAAAGAGAUACUUGGCAGUCCUCGUCGCUUCUGUGAUUUGGCAGGCCCCUGCUCCACUGAACCAGAAUCCAGGAAGAGGUCCAUUUCAAAAAGAAAAUCCCAUCUGGAUCUUCUGAAACUGAUCCUGGAUGGGAUGACAGAAGCUUGUAUCAAAGGUGGCAUUGAAGCAUGUUAUGCCUCAGUGUCUUGCGUCUGUGCUUUUCUUGGUACUUUAGAUGAGUUAAGUCAAGGAAAAGGCCUGGAGGAGGAACAGGUCCACCUGCUUCUCCGACGCUUGGAUGAACUGAAGGAUGGGGCUGAGACAAGUAGAGAUUCCAUGGAGAUUAAUGACGCGGAUUUCAGGUGGCAAAGACGUAUCCUCUCCUCAGAGCAUACUCCCUGGGAUGCAGGCACUGAGAAAAGUCCUGACAUUAGUAUUAGUGUCACCACAGAUACUGGUCAGACAACAUUGGAAGGUGAACUUGGGCAAACCACGCCGGAAGAUAAUUCGGAAUUGCGCAAAAAUUCUCUACAUUCGCCAGCUGGACAAGCAGGCAAAGAAAUUCACUAUAAAGACCCAGAAUCUGAAAUUGUUGACCAACCAGAUGUUGUUCAACGGAGCCAUACAGUUGUCUAUCCAGAUAUCACUAACUUCCUGUCCGUAGAUUGCAGGGCACGUUCCUGUGGAUCCAGGUACAGUGAGAGCAAUUUCAGCAUAGAUGACCAGGAUCUUUCAAGGACUGAGUUUGACUCAUGUGACCAAUAUUCUAUGGCAGCAGAGAAGGAUUCUGGAAGAUCCGAUGUUUCAGACAUAGGUUCAGACAACUGCUCAUUAGCUGAUGAAGAGCAGACGCCAAGAGACUGUCCAGGACACAAGUCUUUACGGACAGCAGCCCUUUCCUUGAAACUGCUAAAGAACCAGGAAGCUGAUCAGCACAGCGCUAGAUUCUUUAUCCAGUCUCUUGAAGCUCUCCUCCCUCGGCUAAUAGCACUUCCAAAAGUAGAAGACGUUGAUCUGGCCCUCCAGAACUUCUCCUCAACUUUUUGUUCAGGUAUGAUGCAGUCUCCAGGAUUCGAGGGGAAUGCCGGUUUUGGCUUCCAGACACUGAUGAAUGCUGACAGUCUCUACUUGGUCUCUCAUUACACUCUUCUUUUGAACCUGAAGUUGUCUAAUGGAGACUACUACAGAAAGAAGCCGUCCCAAUCCCCCGUGCUAGUGAAGGAGUUUAUGAAGCAGGUCCAGUCCAGUGGAGUGUUGAUGGUAUUUUCUCAGGCUUGGGUUGAAGAAAUUUAUCAUCAGGUACUGGAGAGAAACCUUUUGGGAGAGGCUGGAUAUUGGGGAAGCCCAGAAGAGCAUAGCCUCCCACUCAUCACCAUGUUAACCGACAUUGAUGGUUUGGGGAGCAGUUCCAUUGGUGGGCAGUUGAUGGCUUCAGCGUCCACACAGUCUCCUCUUACCCAGAAUUGGAAGCCAGAUGAUGCAGUUGUGGCAGGUGUUACUUUUGCCCGAUAUCUGCUAAUUGGUUGUUGGAAGAAUUUGAUCGACACCUUAUCGACCCCACUGACCGGCCGGAUGGCAGGGAGCUCCAAAGGACUGGCAUUCAUUCUGGGAGCUGAAGGAAUCAAGGAGCAGAACCAAAAGGAGAAGGAUGCCAUCUGCAUGAGUCUAGAUGGUCUGAGGAAAGCAGCCCGGCUUAGCUGUGCUUUAGGGGUUGCUGCUAACUGUGCCUCUGCCCUUGCUCAAAUGGCCGCUGCUUCCUGCGUGCAGGAGGAGAAAGAGGAAAGGGAGGUGCAGGAACCCAGCGAUACCAUCGCCCAAGGUACAGCAGUGCAUCCACUGUCUCAAUGCUCAUUCAUGGACAUAGUGAAACAAAAGGUGGAGCAAAAACUGGAGCAGAUUGGGAAGACACAAGGCGUCUGCCUCCACACAGCUCAUGUUUUGUGCAUGGAUGCCAUUCUCAGCGUAGGACUGGAGAUGGGAAGCCACAAUCAAGACUGCUGGCCACAUGUGUUUAGAGUAUGCGAGUACAUCAGCACCCUGGAACAUGCUCACUUCAGCGAUGGCACACCUCAGCCACCCGUUACAAUUACCCAGGCACAGCAGGCACCAGGAGGGCCACAGGAAGAAGAUCAGGCCCCUGACUUUUCCCAAGAACUGAACCCGGAGCAAGAGACUGCACUGAGGAACACACCCGUCAUUCAGCCAGUUUCCAUUCAAGAGCUCAUCAAGGAGGCCAGCAAGGGGAGGGCUUUUGAUUUCCGUGGAGGCAGCCUCAUGAGUGGAAGUAAUGCUGCCAAGGCUAUCCUCACUCUUUCCACCCAGGCUGACAGGCUGUUUGAAGAUGCUGUUGACAAGUUGAAUCUAAUGGCAUUGUGUGGUUUCCUGUAUCAGCUGAAGAAAGCCUCUCAAGCUCAGCUCUUCCACUCAGUCACUGACACUGUGGAUUACUCCUUGGCAAUGCCAGGAGAAGUAAAAUCCACUCAGGACAGGAAAAGUGCCCUCCACUUGUUCCGCCUGGGAGGGGCCAUGCUUCGAAUUGUAAGGAGUAAAUCGCGCCCUCUGCUUCAUCUUAUGCGGUGUUGGAACCUGGUGGCCCCUCACCUAGUUGAGGCUGCCUGUCAUAAAGAGAGACAUGUUUCUCGGAAGGCUGUCUCUUUCAUCCAUGACAUUCUUACUGAGAUUCUGACAGACUGGAAUGAGCCCCUGCAUUUUCACUUCAAUGAGGCACUGUUCCGCCCCUUUGAGCGCAUCAUGCAGCUGGAACUCUGUGACGAGGAUGUGCAGGACCAGGUGGUCACAUCAAUCGGUGAGCUUGUGGAGGUGUGCUCGACUCGAAUUCAGUCAGGCUGGAGGCCACUGUUUAGUGCUCUAGAAACUGUGCGCAGUAGCAGCAAAUCAGAGGUGAAGGACUAUCUUGUUGGAGACUAUUCAAUGGGGAAAUGUCAGGCUCCUGUCUUUGAUGUCUUUGAAGCAUUUCUAAAUACAGACAACAUCCAAGUCUUUGCAAAUGCAGCCACCAGCUAUAUCACGUGCCUUAUGAAGUUUGUCAAAGGAUUAGGGGAAGCAGAUUGCAAGGAGAUUGGUGACUGUGUGCCAGGAACAGAUUCCAUGUCAACAGACCUGUGCCUUCCUGCUCUCGAUUACCUCAGGCGGUGUUCUCAGUUACUUGCCAAAAUCUACAAAAUGCCAUUGAAGCCUAUAUUCCUUGGUGGGAAACUUUCUAACUUACCACAAAGAAUACAGGAGCGAUCUGCAAGCAGUGAGGAUGGCAUUGAGUGUGUCCUUUCUGAGUUUGAUGAUGACACAGGCCUUAUUAAUGUGUGGAUCAUUCUGCUAGAACAGUUGACCACUGCUAUAUCCAACUGUCCUCGUCAGCACCAGCCUCCCACUCUGGAUCUCCUCUUUGAACUAUUGAGGGAUGUUACAAAAACACCUGGACCUGGAUUUGGUAUCUAUGCGGUUGUACACCUUCUGCUCCCAACAAUGUCGCUUUGGCUUCAUCGCAGCCACAGUGAUCAUUCGUACUGGGAUAUGGCAUCUGCUAACUUCAAGCAUGCUAUUGGCCUUUCAUGUGAAUUGGUAGUGGAGCACAUUCAGAGUUUCAUACAUUCAGAUAUUGGCUAUGAGAAUAUGAUCAACACAAUGCUGAAAGACCUCUUUAAGUUACUGGUAGCUUGUGUAGCAGAGCCCACAGAAACCAUCUCUAGAGUGGGGUGCUCAUGUAUCAGAUAUGUACUAGUGACAGCUGGUCCUGUUUUUACAGAAGAAAUGUGGAGGCUUGCAUGCUGUGCAUUACAGGAUGCUUUCUCAGCUACUCUUGAACCCGUGAAGAAUCUGCUGGGUUAUUUUCAUAGUGGCUCUGAAAACUUUAGUGGGGACGCUUGUGAGGUGAAAGUGGCAGCCCCUUGCCUCUCCCCUAGUGCCGAAGCUGAGUACUGGAGAAUAAGGGCGAUGGCCCAACAGGUGUUCAUGUUAGACACUCAGUGUUCUCCCAAAACACCAAACAACAAGGAAGGAUUUGAACACGCCCAGUCCUGUGUGCUUAUCAUUGAGUUGCCUCCUGACAAGAAGCCCAAUGGGCAUACACAGAAAAGGAAGCUUGGUAUCCCUUUCAGAACAAUUGUAGUGAGCCUGUUGUCCCACCAAGUAUUGUUGCAGAAUUUAUAUGAUAUUUUGUUGGAAGAGUUUGUGAAAGGACCCUCUCAGUCUGAAGAGAAGAUGGUGCAACAGCCACCAGAAACCAAACUGGCUGGCUUCCUCAGGUACAUUUCUAUGCAGAAUUUGGCAGUCAUCUUUGACUUACUAUUGGAUUCUUAUCGAACAGCCAGAGAGUUUGACACAAGGACAGGACUGAAGUGUUUGCUUAAGAAGGUAUCGGGAAUUGGUGGAGCUGCUAACUUGUACCGUCAGUCAGCAAUGAGCUUCAACAUCUACUUCCAUGCCCUGAUCUGUGCAAUUGUAACGAACCAGGAAAACAUCACUGCGGACCAAGUGAAGAAGAUCCUCUUUGAAGACGAUGAAAGGAGUACUGAUUCAUCCCAACAGUGCUCUUCAGAAGAUGAAGACAUUUUUGAAGAGACAGCACAAGUAAGUCCACCAAGAGGGAAGGAGAAAAGACAGUGGAGAGCCAGACUGCCAUCUCUGAGUGUUCAGCCAGUUAGCAAUGCAGACUGGGCUUGGUUAAUCAAAAGACUUCAUAAGCUGUGCAUGGAAUUGUGCAACAACUACAUUCAAAUGCAUCUGGAUUUGGAAAGUAGUGCAGAUGAACUCCCGGUUUUCCGAGGAGAUCCUUUCUUCAUCCUUCCAUCCUUCCAGUCUGAAACAUCCACUCCGUCCACGGGAGGUCUCUCUGGGAAGGACACUCCUUCAGAAGAUGACAAAAGCCAGAUCAGAGACUCAUUAUCAGAGAACCUCACACCCAAAGGAGGAAGCGGGGAGAUACUGGUUCUUCCACCACUGAGCCCCAAAACAGAGAGGAAGGACCAGAGCAGAAAAAAAGAAUGGUGGGAAAGUGCUGGCAACAAAAUCUACACCAUAGCCACUGACAAAACCAUAUCAAAGCUAAUGACAGAAUAUAAGAAAAGGAAGCAGCAACAUAACUUGGCUACUUUUGCCAAAGAUAUGAAAGUUGACAAGAAGGGAGACCCCCUCAGCACAAGGGGGCCGGAUUCGCCUCUCCUGCAAAGGCCACAAAAUCUCGUCGACCAGGGCCAAAUGAGGCACUCGUUCAGUGCAGGACCGGAGAUUCUCAGACCAGAGAAGAGGCCACGCUCUGGAUCAACAGUCAGCUCACUUAACAUAUCUGUCCGGGAUGGUGAGGCACAAAUACAGGCAUGGACCAACAUGGUACUGACAGUUCUUAACCAGAUUCAGUCUCUACCAGACCAGAUCUUCACAGCUCUUCAGCCAGCAGUAUUUCCCUGCAUCAGCCAGCUGACAUGUCAUGUGACUGAUAUUCGGGUUCGUCAGGCUGUAAGAGAAUGGCUGGGAAGAGUGGGAAGAGUUUAUGACAUUAUCAUAUAGCAGACACUGGGGACAUUAUCAAGUAGGGACAGAAGCAGAGACCAAAUCUAAAGCAUUUCCAGGCAUCCGAAUAAAGUGGCACAGAGGUGUGUCUGUGACUCCCUGUUUGCUGGUCAUUAAUGGGUGGCAACUUAUAUCAGAUGCUGCGAACUGCUUAAGAGCACAAUCCAGUCUUGCUGAUGUCCACAUGAGAAUGUGAUAUGGCAGUGUGGCUCAUGUGCUGACUAGAUCACUGAGCAAUACUGCAAACUAAAUCUAAAAAUGUUGUUGUCAGACUGACACGUGAAAACUCAGCACGUUCAAUGUUACACAUUUUUCCGUGGGUGAAAAAACAUAUACGAAAGUAUUUCUCUGCAGGAAGAGAGGAAACAAAGAUUGCAGCAUAGUAUUAAUGCUGGUAGCAUAAAAGGGACACCCUUAGAAAGUAGGUUUGGCAGGAGGGGCAGUCAUACCACUUCAGUAUCAGACCCUCUGUGUGGCCAGUGUAGCUCUACUCUAGUGAAUUUAUGUUCUCAGAAAUCAAAAUGAUUUGCAUUCAAAUUUGGCUCAGAUUGAGUGAUCACUUGGGUGUUUUUAGUGCAAAAUCUUGCUCUUCAUCCAAAUGAGGCAAGCUGCCAUUUGAAAUCAUCUGCGCUAAUUCAAAUGGAUAAUGGAAGAAUGAGUAAAUAAAUGUAGUAAAACUGAGCCAGUUUAUUGUGACUGCCUUUUUGCUUAUGUAAUAGACAAUUAAAUGUAGGCGUAGAAAUUCCAAAAAUGACUACAUAUGCAUAAAACAAAGAAGGGAAUACUUUUACAAGGGGCUUAACUGGCAAUUCUUAGAAUGGUAAGAAAUAGAGUUGGAGAUGUUAACAGUAUGUCUGAAAGUACCCCAGCCAAGUAGUGAGUCUAAUGGCAAAAGUUUCAAAUUGUUUAUUUCCUUUUGAUGUCUUUAGCUCAAUAAGGAAGAUAAAAAUAUAGUUCCUGUUUGUUCCCACCAAAAUGAGCAAUGCACUUCCUUAGCUGUUUACUGUGACACACAUCUUCUCUAGUCUGCAUGCUGGAGAAGAAAAUAGGUCAUGAAAUAGGCUGGGCCAUUUAUUGACCUCAAAUUCCCCGGUUUUUGGAUUCUGUAGCCAUGUUACUUUGUAUUACUUCAUCAAAAAAUACUUCAAGAGUAAAGAACCUGGAAAUUGAGACCACCUUCCAAAUCUAAAAUCCUCCCCUCUUUUCUUAAACUUCUUUUCUUAAGCCAGGUUAAUAUAUGCAGCUGAAUAUAUAGCCCAUUGAUUAGAAAACAACCUAUUAAAUAUGAGUGUUGUUAUUCAUUUAUUUGCUAUAGUUAUCUGCUGCCUUUCUUCCAUUAUAUUCCAGGUAGUUCGUAUCUUAAAAUAAUGGUUUACAAUUCAACAGAUAAAAUGCUAAAAAGAAAAAGGGCAAGGGAAGUAUAGAAGAGUAAGUAAAUGCAUUUUAUCAUGGCCACUGUAUGAGACUGUUCUAGGAUAAACAGAACCCGUGGUCAUUUGGUCUUAGCUGAGCAUUUGCCAUUUUAUCUCCCUUAUGUAGCCAAGUGAAAUGGCCACUGACUGAAGCUGCUCCCAGAAAGGAGGAACCAGCAAGGCCUUGUUGUCACCAAUCCCUCGUGCAAGCAAUGAUGUACCUGCUCCUUAAGACAAUGCUGGGAGGGGAACACUGGUACCCAGUGUGGUAUAGUGUAUCAGUGAUGGACUAGGACUCUAGAGACCAGGAUUCCUUCACUUGGCCACUGGAGGGGUGGAACUGGUAAAAGCACUCCUUAAAACCACUUUUAAAAGCCCUAUUACAGUCCCUAUAAGUCAGUUUCGACUUGAUGGCACAUAACUAACUAACCAGGAGUAGAAGAGCCAGGUUAUCGCUGAGCCAAGCCAAACCAAAAGGGAGGCUUGCUGUCCUUUAACUAUUUCAAAAACUCAACAGCUGCCUGUCAUGUGUCAGCCAUUUGACAAUAGCACUUUGAUGACCUGUGAGCGCAUACAUACACAUGCCCAUCACAUAACAGGUAUAUCCAACUGCUGCAAUUCUUUGCCUCUCUUUUUGAGGUGAUUACUGGCAAAACAGAAUUUGGAGAGGGAAAAGUGUUGUUGCUUUUCAAGGGGUAAGACAGGCAGACAUCUUGCAGUGUCUCAGAAGAUACUGGGAUCCAACACUUGGACCAUGAAACACAGCCUCUUGUGCCAACUCUGACGACUGGCCUGAGUUACUGAGUUGAAAAAGUAUAAGAGUCUCACUGAACACGCAGUGUAGUUAGCCUUGAUGAAUAACAUCAUCAUUUCCUUUGCUCCUCCCACUCUUCUCUCUUUCAUUAAAAAUAACAAAAGACUAUGAAUGUAUGAGUUCUCUCGGCUGCUGAACCUUUGUGACAGUCUAAUGGAAACUACACAGUUCUUUGUCAAAGGAGUUGCUGUUGUGCCCUGAUUUGAUUGUUUUGUUCUUUCCUUUUGUUUUCAUUUUAAAUAUGUGGUGUUUGUACGGCUCUCUUUGUGAGGUUGGAUUUUUUAGGGGAAUAUUUUCAAAUGGUGCACGCCUACGUUGUUUCUCAGUGGGAUUUUAUAUGCAACUAUUGAACAGAAUAACCAAGGAAAGUCAUAGAUAUGCCACAUAUUGGAUUUCUUUAUCUGUUCUACUGAAUGCCAAAAAAAGAUGCUUUUUUUCUUCUGUAUUUUGAGGCGUAUAUUAUCUGUGAACCAAUAUUGUGAGCUGCACAUGCUGAGAAGAUACGUGGUUUGUGACAUAGCCAUUGCUGCAUGAGUGGUAAAAAUGGAUCAUUGUUACUUUUCUGAAGGGAGAUGCUAAACAUUACUGUCACAGACUGAAACUAUAAAGUUGACCCCAUUCCACCUUGCAGGUCUUGCCCUAUGAGUUAAGUGUUGUUCCUAUGCAGUCGACCAAGGCAGAAACACUAGAUACUGCCCUGAUGUUACACCAAAUAUGGGUGGGGUGGGUGGGGAGUGUUAAUGUAAGUUGGUCUCGGGUGUGCUGUACCUUGGAAAAAGGCAUGGGCAGGAAACAAGCAUCAUUAAAUAGAGUGGAGAAGGUGCCUCAGGUUACAGAAGCUCAAGGGUAGGGAGUUGACGAAGCUGUGUACACAGUGCAGCCUGCUCUUCACUCCAUAGGCUACCAUUCUACCCGCAGGUGAUGUAGACCAGGGGUCCCCAACCCCUGGCCCGUGACCCGGCAGUGAUCCGCAGCCUAGGCAGGACCAGGCUACGGACACAGAUCUCCUGCUCCCCCCGCAAGCGGCACCAUGCGCAUGCGCGCGAGUGCACUCCACCCCCUGUGAGUGCACUGCACACAUGCGUGUGAGCGCCCCCUGCAAGCACCGCCACAUGCAAGAGCGUUCUGCUCCCUGCAAGAGUUCCGUGCACAUGCACGUAAGCGGGGGGACCGCAAUCAUGCACGCAUGCACGUUCCACCCCCAUGUGGGCAUGCCAUACCCCACACACAAGUGUGCCACACACCCCAACCAGUCCACAGUUGGGAAAAGGUUGGGGACCACUGAAUUGUAGAGGACAAUGUCUCAUCAUCAGUGUUGAGGUAAGCUGUAACCUCACAUGUAAAGCUUUGAUCUCUAAUCCCACAGUAUAGAGGCCACUCCUCACCUCUGUACUGUGGUAUUCCUCUUAUCUGUGUCUUGGCUUGUAAACAUUUCUCUGCCAGCAACUGCUGGGGCUUUGCCGGUAGAAGUAAAACACACACACACACACACAUACACAAUAACAGAAUGACAGUUUCAACACAGGUCUGUCAUUUGGACUGUACCACUUACAAUUUUAUAUUGGGACAUGGUGGUGCUGCGGGUUAAACCACAGAAGCCUCUGUGCCUCAAGGCUGGAAGACCAGCAGUCA